UCUAAUUAUAGUCUUUAAUUUAAGUAACAGGAACUAUAACGUUAAAAUGUCUUCCUACAAAUGGCUGGACUUAGAUAAACAGCAUUUAUCAGAGUCUGUGUUUAUGAAACUGAGUCACAUAGUGGGGUCCUCAGAGACGGUGAUCAUGAGGAGAGAGAUGGAAGAGUUCAUGGACAGGAUGACAGAUCAAUUAAUUAAUAAAAGAAAAGAAUAUAGGAUGAUGACUAGUGGCAGUCGCAGAGAAGGAUUCAAACUGAAGACAUCAGAUAUGGACGCAAUGUUUUGGCCACAUGAUCACUAUGUAGUCUGGGACUUGGACCAGGUUCAGAAUUAUGACCUAAAUAAUAAAACACUGAUUCUCUGUGAUUGUUCUGAUAGCCCACCAGGAUAUGCUUUACUUGAAUUACUGACACCAACGGAAAUAUCAAGUGUACAGGAUGCAUGUGUGAGAAUAAAUGACAGAUUCUAUAUAAUAAGUUCCAUACACAGACAAAUAACAUGUUCAGAUGCUAUUCCUAAUUCUAAGGAACAUGGUCCGUGUGGUAGUGGUGUUUACUGGGAAGUAGAGUUUGAUGCUGCCCAAUGUUUUGUCUGUGAUGUUUGGCCUCCUCCGGCAUCCAAAUGGACCAACAGAUGUCACUCAUGGCCUCCGUCUUUUAUUGUUAAUGACGUAGUUGGAAGUGGAUGCCACUUUGUAGCAAUAGGACACAAACUCGGAAAACACGCAGACAAUGAAUGGAGAAUUUCCUUCUCUUUAGCAGAACAAAAACUUGUCUAUUCGUUGAACCACUGCCAAUUCUUAACCUAUGGGCUGCUAAAACUGUUUUUAAAAGAGUCUAUUAAUGAAGGAUUAAGUGAAGGAGAUAAAUUACUGUGUUCAUAUCACAUGAAGACAGCAGUUUUCUGGGUGAUUCAACAAAACACAAUACCUCAAUGGCAUCCACAAAACCUUCUUCAGUGUUUCUGGAUCUGUUUUAAACUUAUCCUUAAAUGGGUGUAUGAGGGGGUUUGUCCAAACUUCUUUAUUCCAGAAAACAACAUGUUUCUGAGUAAUAUUCAUGGUGAAGCACAAAACAAAUUAUUCAUCAGGCUUCAUAAAUUGUACGAGAUGGGUUUAGCAUCACUGCUUCAUUGUCCAUCUAUCAGGUCCAGUGUAAUCACUGUCCUUCAAAAUCCCAGACAAUCUGUUGAUACAAAUAAACACAUUUUGAUCUCCAAGGUUUUGUUUGAAAUAGAUCUACUUAAUGAAUUGUAUUCAUUUGGCAUACCAACACCAGACCUACACACCUGUAUGAGGUUCCUCAAUGCUUUCGAGAAGUUGAUAAUUUUACCCCUGACUCAGUGCCAGGUUCUCCAAUUAAAGAGGUUUACAGCCACUGUACUCCAGAACACUGCUUUUAUAUUAUACCAGCUUCCAAUCCUUUUUGCUCCAUUUGAGGUAAAUACAAGCUCAGUUGUAAACAAGCAGGUGUAUAUAGCUAACAAAGCAUCCAGCUAUAUGCUGAAAUUAGCAGUCAAGUUUGGGUGUAUUUCUGAUAUGUUGUACAUUGCAAUGUUUUACUAUAAGACACUUAGAUAUAAAGAAGCCCUAUCAGUUCUAGAAAUGACAAAGGUGAAGUUAGCACAGCCAUAUGUAAUGUAUGUCCACGAUUUAUCUGAGAAUGCAGUACGGUACAUGCUUCAUCAGUCCUUGGGGGGACAGUCCUGGUCUACAAAUAUGAGACAUGCUGUGGCAUGGGAUAUUGGACUUGAUAAUCAUGUCUGUUACAUCAAUGAAUUAGUGCUAGAACAGCAGUCUGGGUUACAGUGUGGAUCCCCUGGAUUAAAAAUCCCAUCCUAUGUUUUCAUACACAUGUUAGAGAUCUUGUGUUACAGACAUAUAGACCCAGUGAGAGCACAAUCAUCUCUAAAUGAUCUACAGGACCUGGUCCACCAAGAUCAGGGGAGGUAUAUACAUGUAAAUCUCAAAGACAUUUCCUGGCAGAUUCUGGGGAUCUGUCAACAGAUGACAGGGAACCAUCAAGCUGCUCUGUACUCCUAUCAACAAUCUCUCAGACAAAAACCAUACCACAACAUCCAAACUGCUACAUUGAUGAGAAUUAUACAAGAAAUCAUGGCACUCAUGAACAGAAAUCAAUAAUAAUAAAUCAAGAUUGUUACCUGUCAGAAUUCAGCAAUUCAGAGAAAAAAAUCUGAGUCAUUCCCUAUCCCCCUUGGAAUUUUCCUUUUUUUUAAAAUUAUAUUUUACACCUAAGGAUAAUUCUGCAUAUCCCUGCGCAGUCUGCAGGAUAUGGGCCCUUAUCGCAGUGCAAUUAUCAUAGAACCUUUCAUUGCGAAAUAGCAACUUAUUUUGCUUGACAGAGUUAUCCAAUCAAAAUCCUUGAUUUUGUUGCGCGAUUUCUGUUAGCCUGGCAGUGCAUUGAAGAAAAAAACCCACCACCCACCCUUUUUCCUUUUUGGGGUUUUUGGUUUUAUAUUAUCUUGCAUUUUAGUCCAGAUUUGUAUUUUUCUAACUAACUUGUCAUAUGUUUCUUGAUUGGCGCAAUUGUUUGAACGUCCCCAAAGAUUUACUCAUUUAUGUUAUAUUUUAUGCAUAUUUACCUACAUGUACUCUGAUAUGUUCACUGCAUGUAAAUUUCUAGUCAGUCUCGGCGCAAUUGUUUGGACGCCUCAAAGGAUUUACUCAUUUAUGUUAUAUUUUAUGCAUAUUUACUUGUACUCUGAUAUGUUCACUGCAUGUAAAUUUCUAGUCAGUCUCAGGGGGAUCACACUUGUACCUUUCACAUAUGUAUAUGUAACCUGUAUUGUUUAAUAUUAGAUGAUCCCCUUUAAAGCGGCACUGUAACGCACAAAGGGGAAAAUUGACAAAUGUAGAAUUCUCGCAUGACCUCUAUAAAUUUUGUUCAAUUCCUAAAAAUAUUCAGUUUCAGAAAAUUACGUUUCAGAACCUAAAAAUGAUAUUUUAUGGGGAAAAAUAAAAGUAAAAUUAAUUUCUGUCUGCCCCAGAACGAAAAUAUUGCAAAAUACCCUGGUACUUCUUCCUCCCUAUUGUACGCGUGCGCAGAAAAGUGUUGAAUAAGUUUCCAUAGUUACAAUGGUCUUAGUUAAUUAAGAAUGAAUGUAAGAAGACCAAAAAACUUGAUUUAAUUUUUUUUAAAAAGUUUUUAGAACAUAUUUCUCACCUUUGCAUGCUCCAGUUGAAUGUUGUUUACAAGUUUGAGCUAAAAAUAAGAGUUGCGUGACCUUGACAUAACCGAAACAACGAAACGGUAGAUACAACCUUUACUUUUCCGGCACUUAUAUUGUGCAGUCGAUUCUUGCAGUUUAAUUGUCAUAUAUUUACUAAAUACUCAUAAUUUCAUAAGUCUUUCUCUGUAUGCUACAGAUAUCUUAAAAUUACGAUAUGAUUUUGACUCAC